AUGGCCGCUCAGAUAGAAGAAACUCUGAAGAGAAUUCAGACCAGUGACGGUGUCAUCGGAUUCGUGAUAGUGAGCAACGCUGACGGCAUUCCGAUUAAAUCUAACAUGGACGAUGCGAUGUCCGUCCGGUACGCUGGAUUGGUGCAUCAGCUAACCGCGACAUCACAGGUGGAGAUCCAAAAAGACGACCCGAACGAUAAAUUGACGUACCUGCGGUUGCGUACCAAACAUAACGAAAUCUUGGUUAUACCAGAUAAACAUUAUACAAUGGUGGUGAUUCAAAAACCGACUGGCUCUAGAUCACCGAUGUAA